GCGGCUCCGGGGAUGGCGGCGGCUCCGCUGCUGCUGCUGCUGCUGCUCGUGCCCGUGCCGCUGCUGCCGCUGCUGGCCCAGGGGCCCGGGGGGGCGCUGGGAAACCGGCAUGCGGUGUACUGGAACAGCUCCAACCAGCACCUGCGGCGAGAGGGCUACACGGUGCAGGUGAACGUGAACGAUUAUCUGGAUAUUUACUGCCCGCACUACAACAGCUCAGGGGUGGGCCCCGGGGCGGGGCCAGGGCCCGGAGGCGGGGCGGAGCAGUACGUGCUGUAUAUGGUGAGCCGGGACGGCUACCGCACCUGCAACGCCAGCCAAGGCUCCAAGCGCUGGGAGUGCAACCGACCGCACGCCCCCCACAGCCCCAUCAAGUUCUCGGAGAAGUUCCAGCGCUACAGCGCCUUCUCUCUGGGCUACGAGUUCCACGCCGGCCACGAGUACUACUACAUCUCCACGCCUACCCACAACCUGCACUGGAAGUGUCUGAGGAUGAAGGUGUUCGUCUGCUGCGCCUCCACAUCGCACUCCGGGGAGAAGCCGGUCCCCACUCUCCCCCAGUUCACCAUGGGCCCCAAUGUGAAGAUCAACGUGCUGGAAGACUUUGAGGGAGAGAACCCCCAGGUGCCCAAGCUUGAGAAGAGCAUCAGCGGUACCAGCCCCAAGCGGGAACAUCUGCCCCUGGCGGUGGGCAUCGCCUUCUUCCUGAUGACACUCUUGGCCUCCUAGCUCUGCCCCCUCCCUUGGAGGGGAGAGAUGGGACGGGGCUGGGACAGAGCAGGGAGCCUUUGGCCUCUCCAGGGAAGCCUAGCCGUGGGGCCUAGACCCCUCCUCCGAUGGCUGGAAGUGGGGUCUGCACCAUACAUCUGUGCUCACCCCUUCUGUCCCCUCCCCACCAAGUAGGGCACUGUAGUGGGCCAGGCACAGGCACAGCCAUGGGUCCCAAGUGGCCUUGUGGCUCUGGUAAUGUUUGGUACCAAACCCGGGAGCUGUGAAGGGCAGUGCUCAGGACUCCCUGCCCCCUGGUACCUUUCUGUGACCCCUGGUGCCCUCCCCUUUGUCCCCCCCACCCCCACCAAGAGGCAAAUGUGCCCCAGAGAGAGCAAAUCGAAGUGUGGGAGACACCCCCAGUCACUCUCUUCCAGGGCCAGAACACCGGGAGGGGACUAGAUGGGUGAGAGGGUGGCUCCGCCGGCUGCCCCUCCCCUGUUUACAGCAAUAAGCACGUCCUCCUCCCACUCCCACUCCCAGGACUGUGGUUUGGAUUGAAUCCAAGUUUACAAGCAGACACCGCUGUGGGGGCCGCCGACAGUGGACAAGGGUGACAAGGGGUGGGCAUUGGGGUGCCAGGCAGGCAUGUACAGACUCUAUAUCUCUAUAUAUAAUGUACAGACGGACAGAAUCCCUCCCCCUCCUUAACCCCCUGACCUUCCUUGACUUCCCCCUCCAGCUUCAGACCCCUUCCCCACCAGGCUAGGCCCCCCCCCAUGGGGGACCCCCUGGCCCCUCUUUUGUCUUCUGUGAAGACAGGACCUAUGCAACGCACAGACACUUUUGGAGACCAUGAGACAACAAUGCCCCCUCCCCUCCAGCCCUGAGCCAGGACCCAGCUCCCAGGACCUUGCCCUGCCCAUCCUCUGUGGUCCCCACCCAUCCUCCUGGGCCUUUUUCAAGUGCUUUGGCUGUGACUUUCAUACUCUGCUCUUAGUCUAAAAAAAAUAAACUGGAGAUAAAAAUAACUGAGUGUGUGUGAUUUCCAGGGGCCAUCACUCUUCUGUACACUGGUUAAAUAAACCCCACAGGUCAUAAGGCCUGGGGAGGAGACAGGACUCUAGGGCCAAAAGGUCAACUGAACAUCUUGUUCUGUAGCUCAUCUCCCCUAAGGAGACACCUCUGUGUGGAGGAGCAAUAAAGGCUUCUGAGCAGGGCCUGGAUGACUUUGGGCAACACGCUCAACCUCUCUGAGCUGCAAGUAUCUCAUCAGAAAAUCUAGGUUAUAAUACAUCUCUCCCAGGAUUGGUGUAAAGAUUAAAUGGUGGAGGGAAUAUAAGGCUCAAUGAUGAUGGUUUUCUCCUUUCCUUCCCAUUCUAUUCUGUAACCAGAAGUUCUUGACUGGGGUCUAUGGAUUUCAGGGGGUUGUGAAACUAGAUAGGAAAAAAUUAUAUCUUUACUUUCACUCACCUGUAACUGGAAUUU